GCGCAGUCAAGUUUUCAUAAAUACCAAAUUGGUAAACAAUCGUAACUCCAUAGUUCAUGUUGGCGGUUAAAUAGAGUGCCACAAAAUGUCAACAAGAGGCCCCAAAAUGUUAACAAGAGCCCAAAAAAUACUAAAUCUUAUAAGAGAUCCUAGUAAUAACCCCUCUGGUAUCCCUAAUAUUCGAGCAAUUCAGGAUAAUAGCAAUAAAUUCGAAGAAUCACUCCACCAAGAAGAACGAAUAAUACUAAUAGUUGAGAAAAACCAUGUUGAUAAUGAACUUCAUCCAUUUGAGAGCGAUGGUGUGAAAAAUCCGAUCUUCAUUGCCACAAGCCAAGAGGAAAGUAUCACAGAUGAAGUAACAAACAACAUAAUGGAAAAUAGGUCAUACAAUUAUCAGAGAGAAGAGGAGAGUAAUAUGGAGAAUAAACCUGAACCGUUAAGAGAUGCUGAUGAAAAUAAAACCAAUUUUAUUCAAACAAGCGAGAAGGAAAAUCAUACCACAGAUGAAGAGACUAAGGACAUGACGCAAAAUGAGAUAGAUAAUCAUCAGCGAGAAGACGAGAAUGCCAUAGAAAGUAAAUCAGUUACAGACCAAGAAAACUAUGUUGAUAGUGAACCUGAACCAUUUGGGGAUAAUAGUGAUGAUGAUCCUGAAUUUAUUCCCACGAGCGAAGACGAAAGUGACAGAGAUGAAGAGACAAACAACAUGGAAAAUGAGACUGAUAAUGAUCAGAGAGAAGAGAAGAUGUUGAUAUAG